UGGAUUUUUUCUCUCUCAUUUUGUCUGUCAUAGUUGAAGUGUACCUAUGAUGAAAAUUACAGGCCUCUCAUCUUUUUUAAGUGGGAGAACUUGCACAAUUGGUGGCUGACUAAAUACUUUUUUGCCCCACUGUAUAACUGGUCUUGGCAGUGGCCUAGUUCUGCCCUGGUCUGAUAUAUAACUGGUCUUGGCAGUGGCCUAGUUCUGCCCUUGUCCGAUAUAUAACUGGUCUUGGCAGUGGCCUAGUUCUGUCCUUGUCCGAUAUAUAACUGGUCUUGGCAGUGGCCUAGUUCUGUCCUUGUCCGAUAUAUAACUGGUCUUGACAGUGGCCUAGUUCUGCCCUUGGUGGACAUUCCUGUAGGCUGCAUGCCAAUUGCACGCUCCCUCAAAACUUGAGACAUCUGUGGCAUUGUGUUGUGUGACAAAACUGCACAUUUUAGAGAUGCAUUUUAUUGUCCCAAGCACAAAGUGCACCUAUGUAACGAUCAUGUUGUUUAAUUAGCUUUUUUGACAUGCCACACCUGGAUGGAUGCUCACUAACAGGGAUGGAAACAAAUUUCUGCACAAAAUCUUAGAGGAAUAAGAAAUCGUUUUUCUUGCAUAUCAAACAUGGGACCAAUACUUUACAUGUUGCAUUCAUAUGUGUUCAGUGUAAUAAAAUUAAUAUAUUUUUAAAUGCAUCAAAUUAUUUAUGUUUUUCUUCCUAUGUGGUUGCAAUACUGUGCACAGAUGUACUGCAAUAGAGUGCUUCAAAAAUCGACCAACUUCGCUUGUCAUUGCAGGACGACUCUUAUUUUGAAAAAAAAAUAUCUGCCUUUUUUUCUGCGGCCAUUUUAUGAGCUGCUGCCAGCAGAAUGGUAACGGGAAGGAAAUGUUUUCAGUGGAACGGAUGUGAAGGCGGAGUCUAGUCUUUUCUUUCAUGACUUCAGGCAGAGCAUCACAUGUUGAAAUCUAACCAUCCGUUACCUCCUUAAUCUACAAUUAAACAGACUAGAGAUAAACAUCUCACCUGGUUCACUUCUCCUGAACUCUGCAAACGACAAUAAACAAGUGUUUACAAUGAAUCAGGAAACACUCUCCCUCCAACCCUCCUCCCCCCUAUCCCUCCCGGAGUCCCUGGGUCGUACCUCUCCUGGUAACACCUUACUGCUGGGUCUGAAGAGGUUGUCUGUGCGGCUGGUCGACUGCAGGAAAACACCGGAGCUAAGGGACAGUCCUAACCGUCACUCUCUCAGUAGAAGGGGCUUGUCAUCUGGGGAGGCUAAACAACAUCAUGAUAAUGAGGAGGCAGAGAAAAGUCUCUCAAGAUCAGAACACCAAGAGAAACAACAGCAGAGACCCUCAAGGAAGAAAUCUCACUGCUGCUCUGACUGUGGGAAGAGGUUUACCUCUUCAGCAAACCUUAGACAACACCAGAGAAUUCAUACUGGAGAGAAACCUUAUAGCUGUGAACAAUGUGGGAAGAGAUUCAAUCAGAGAUUCAAUCUGAAGUCACACCAGAUCAUACACUCAGUAGAAAAACCUCACUGCUGCUCCCAGUGUGGAGCUAGCCUCUCCUCUGCCAGGGCACUAGAAGGACACAUGCGGAUUCACACUGGAGAGAAACCGUACCAGUGCUCAGAAUGUGGGCAGAGAUUUAAAGACUGCAGUGGUUUACGGAUACACGAGAGAAUAAAACACACCGGCGAAAAACCACACUGUUGCUCUGACUGCGGGAAGAGAUUUGCUACAUCGCAACGCUUAAAAGCUCACCGGCGGAUUCACACUGGAGAGAGACCGUUCCACUGCUCUGAGUGUGGGAAGAGUUUCAAACAAGCCUCAGCACUGUCUGAACACAAACGAAUACACACAGGAGAGAAGCCUCACCACUGUGAGCAGUGCGGGGGAAACUUUUCCUCUUCUAAGUUACUCAGAAUACAUCAGAGGAUUCACACAGGGGAGAAACCUUACCAAUGCACUGACUGUGGGAAAAGCUUCAGAUUUCUGUCUUCUUUAAGACGUCACCAGCUAAGACAUACUGGAGAAAAGCCCCACCAAUGUACUGAGUGUGGGAAGAGGUUUGCUGUUAAGAGUGGGCUCUGGUUACAUAACAUAGUGCACACUGGAGAGAAAGGAUACCAAUGCCCACAGUGUGGCAAGAAGCUAGGAUCGUCUCAUUCUCUAGAGCAGCAUAAGCGUACACACACUGGACAGAAACCCUUCCACUGCUCCCACUGUAAGUUAAGCUUUGCCACUAAUUCAGCCCUGUACAAACACCAGAUAAUUCACACAGGCGAGAAACGACACAGCUGCAAUGUUUGCCAGAGGAGAUUUGGACGGUCCGAUCACCUGAAAAGUCACAUGCAAAUUCACACAGGAGAAAAGCCAUACCACUGCUCUAAGUGCGAGCUGAGUUUCACUAACAACAGAUCUCUGAAAGAACAUGAGGUCAGACACACAGAAGAUAAACCUCACUGCUGCUCCCAGUGCGGUGCUAGUCUCUCCUCUGCCAGGGCACUGGAAGGACACAUGCGGAUUCACACUGGAGAGAAACCGUACGAGUGCUCUGAAUGUGGGCAGAAGUUUGCACAUAGAGCCAGUCUUGGGUCACACAGAAGAAUACACACAGGAGAGAAACCCUAUCACUGCUCUGACUGCAAGAAGAGCUUUCAAAGACUUGGCGCUUUAAAACUACACAAGUUCACACAUUCAGAGAAGAUGUACCACUGCUCUCAGUGUGAGUCGAGCUGCACAACGCCAGACGCAUUGAAGAAACACCAGCGUAUACACACUGGAGAGAAGCCUUACCACUGCUCCCACUGUGACAAGAGCUUCCUUCGGCAACAGUCUCUCAAAGGACACGAGCGUAGUCACAAGGGAGAGAAACCGUUCUCUUGCUCAGACUGCGGGAACAACUUUGCCACAAUGGAAACCUUGCGAAUUCACCAUCGAAGACACACAGGAGAGAGGCCAUACCAAUGCCCUUUCCCUGACUGUGGGAAGAGUUUUUCCCAGGCCAGCGCCUUUAAAGUCCACAAGAGAAGGCACACAGGAGAGAAGCCGCACCACUGUGAUCAGUGUGGGAUGAGUUUUGUCACGUCAGGUGACUUGCAAACUCACUCCAAAAGAAGCCAUACUGCUGCACAGCCUGUGGACUCAGUUUCUCUAGAUCUGAUUACUUAAAGAUUCACCAGAGAGUCCACACAGGAGAGAGGCCAUACAGCUGCUCAGAGUGUGACAAGAGUUACACUUUGAAGAGUCACCUUACAAGACACCAGCAGAGACACACAGGAGAGAAACCUCACUAUGUGCGCAGAGUGCGGCAAGAGCUUCAAGUGUUUAAUGGACCUGAGAUGCCACGUUCAGCGCAAACAUAGUGGGACACCCUACCACUGCACCCAGCUUCAGCUCCCCUCAGCAUCUGAAGUACCACCAGAUGACACACACGGGAGAGAAACCAUUCACGUGCACCGACUGCGGGAAUUCACUCAGGCCGUGGUUUUCACACCGGAGAGAAACCUCACAGCUGUGAUCAGUGUGACAAGAGUUUCAGUAAAAGGAGCAGUCUGCAAUCACACCAGCGGACACAUACAGAAGAGAAGCCUUACAGCUGUGAUGAGUGUGGGAAGAGAUUCACCAAUUCAGGAACCCUGGUUUCGCACAAGAGAAUACACUCCUGAGAGAAAGAUUACCACACACACAGGAGCGAGGCCUAAUGGCCAUGUUCAAGUGAACACACACUGAUAAUUUUUUUAUGCCUGGAUCAAAUAUGUAGUUUUGUAAAUGAUGGAACACAUUUUAUAGAAUGAGCAUCAAGGACACACAGUAACAACCUGUGAAACAUGAAACACUUCUAGUUUGUCAAUUGACAAUUCCCACAACUGAAACCACACUUGAAAAUACAGAGGCUUUCACUCAGUGUUGUGGCCAACCGCUGUGCAGACACAGGUCUGAUUGAAUCAAGCCCUGAGAACGGACAUAUUUCUCAACAUCACAACUUGCUGUUGGAUACAAAUGAUUAAAUUAUAAAAAAUUAUAAACAUUUGAAGAAGUAAACGGUGCAGGUGAAGUUCUAAUCGAACUCUGUAUGGAACAUGAUAUUUACCAUCUACUGUUCUUUCAAAAUUAACACUUGUUUCGUUUUGCUUUUGGAUUGUGGGCUCAAUUCAAUGAGAUUUGGCGUUUGCCGACACCUGCAUAGCUGGUGUUGUGACGACGUCUGAGGUGGAACUGUACCUAUCAUGAACAUGGACAUUGGCUGCAUGGAGGAGUAGGAAUCCCAUCCAGCCAUGUUUACAAACUCAAACACGUGUCAUUUAGGGCUGGAUUCAAUCUGCCUUUAAUCCGCCACAACCGACAACUGCAUAGUCGGUUCAUUGUUUUCAAUGUUUUUAUUCAGGUGAUGUCCGAGUCGUAACCACAUUGGAGCUGUCGAGGACAUUACCAUAAUCUCAUGCAGUCUUUUUAGAUUCAAACCUCGAUUAGCCUGAGAUAAUGGUGUAAUCUACACCUCAAAUAGCCCGAUAUAAUGCUGUAAUCUACACCUUGAUUAGCCUGAUAUAAUGCUGUAAUAUACACCUUUAUUAGCCUGAUAUAAUGCUGUAAUCUACACCUUGAUUAGCCUGAUAUAAUGCUGUAAUCCACACCUUGAUUAGCCUGAUAUAAUGCUGUAAUCUACACCUUGAUUAGCCUGAUAUAAUGCUGUAAUCCACACCUUGAUUAGCCUGAUAUAAUGCUGUAAUCUACACCUUGAUUAGCCUGAUAUAAUGCUGUAAUAUACACCUUUAUUAGCCUGAUAUAAUGCUGUAAUCUACACCUUUAUUAGCCUGAUAUAAUGCUCUAAUCUACUCCUUGAUUAGCCUGAUAUAAUGCUGUAAUCUACUCCUUGAUUAGCCUGAUAUAAUGCUGUAAUCUACACCUUUAUUAGCCUGAUAUAAUGCUGUAAUCCACACCUUGAUUAGCCUGAUAUAAUGCUGUAAUCUACUCCUUGAUUAGCCUGAUAUAAUGCUGUAAUCCACACCUUGAUUAGCCUGAUAUAAUGCUGUAAUCUACACCUUGAUUAGCCUGAUAUAAUGCUGUAAUAUACACCUUUAUUAGCCUGAUAUAAUGCUGUAAUCUACACCUUUAUUAGCCUGAUAUAAUGCUCUAAUCUACUCCUUGAUUAGCCUGAUAUAAUGCUGUAAUCUACUCCUUGAUUAGCCUGAUAUAAUGCUGUAAUCUACACCUUUAUUAGCCUGAUAUAAUGCUGUAAUCCACACCUUGAUUAGCCUGAUAUAAUGCUGUAAUCUACUCCUUGAUUAGCCUGAUAUAAUGCUGUAAUCUACACCUUGAUUAGCCUGAUAUAAUGCUGUAAUCCACACCUUGAUUAGCCUGAUAUGUUGUACAGUGCACAAUUACAAGAUUAUGUUCUAUACUGCUAUGGGUUUAAAGCCAACAGGUAGGCCUCUGGGUUUAAAGCCAACAGGUAGACCUCUGGGUUUAAAGCCAACAGGUAGGCCUCUGGGCUUACAGCCAACAGGUAGACCUCUGGGUUUAAAGCCAACAGGUAGGCCUCUGGGUUUAAAGCCAACAGGUAGGCCUCUGGGCCAACAGCCGAUUGGGUGUAACCUUGUGAUAAGGCUGCAUCCUGUCUUCCAGACACUGAGGGUGCAGCUACAUCCUGUCUUCCAGACACAGAGGGUGCAGCUACAUCCUGUCUUCCAGACACCGAGGGAGCAGCUACAUCCUGUCUUCCAGACACCGAGGGUGCAGCUACAUCCUGUCUUCCAGACACCGAGGGAGCAGCUACAUCCUGUCUUCCAGACACUGAGGGUGCAGCUACAUCCUGUCUUCCAGCUGAUUGUAGGAGAACUGAAAGAUUACUUUUGUAUAGCAACAGCAAUAUGACCUGGAGACAGAAACUCCACCUAUUCUGAGCUAAUCUUGUUGGUCCUGCUUGAGUGCACAAUAUACCCUUUUAUGCUUUCACACUUCUGCUGACUGCUAUGUAGACAAAGAGCUUUUUAUUAAACCUGAGACCCAACUCUGUUCAGGGGCUCUUAUCUCCUCACCACUGAGUGAUUGUUAACCCCUCCAGAAUUGUAAUUCUUAUAAUAAACAUUGUUUUAAGAAUCUGCA